AACAGCUUUGAGAACUGCGCUUGGGAUAUUGUGUUGUUUGUUCUCUCCUUUGUAACUUUUGUUAUAUUCUACCUCUACUUUUCCACCUCCACACGAGAAAUGGAAUAGCUUUGGGUUCCAUUUUCCUUCAACCUUUUUCUUCUCAUUUCCAUCUAUUAUAAAAUAUAUGUGUGCCUAGUACUUGUUUAUGAAACAGCUUUUGGCUCUUUGUUCUCAAGCUUUAUCUGGGUCCUAAACAAUAUAUUAACUUUCCUAUAAAAAGAACCCAUUUUAGUACUUCACAUCAAAAUAGCAUUCCAGUAUGUUUUUCCUCUAUUUGUUGUCUGUUUCAUUGUUUUUCUAGUUUUGUAACCCUAGCUACUUUCAUCCCAAUUUUUUUUUGAUCCGGACAUGUAUACUCUUCCUUUUGUCUUGUGAAAUAGAUUACAACUUAGCUCAAGGGAGAUUCCUCUAUCUAGUCCCCCUUGUUUAUUUUCUGCAUUAGGUUUCUAAAGUCCAUCUCUUAAUAUCGUUUUACAUUUUUCUUUUUACUUUUCAUCCUCAUGAAGUGUUUUACAACCAAAAUCAUUGUCAUCUUUAUUCUUUGUUUGGAUGGUUGGUGCUAUGGAGAAGGAGACAUGGAUAUAGCUCCAAUGGAGAAAGCAGAACAGGAAGCUUUGUACUCUGUUAUUCAAGGCUUUGUGGGUAGCUGGUGGAAUGGCUCAGAUCUCUAUCCAGACCCUUGUGGUUGGACUCCUAUACAGGGGGUGUCUUGUGAUCUAUUUGAUGGGCUUUGGUAUGUAACUGCCUUGAAUGUUGGACCAGUUCAUGAGAAUUCUCUUGGUUGUGCCAAAGAGGUUGAGUUUAGACCUCCACUCUUUGAGCAGUUUAAGCACUUAAAAGCCUUAUCCUUCUUCCAUUGCUUUGUCUCAUGGAAAAAACAUCAAGUUACCAUUCCAAGUAGAAACUGGGAAACACUAUCUAGCAGCUUAGAAUCGUUAGAGUUUCGAUCUAAUCCCGGUCUUGUUGGUCAAAUUCCAGCUAAUUUUGGCAGCCUUGUGAAGCUUCAAUCACUAGUUCUGCUUGAGAAUGGAUUGGAAGGUCAAUUACCAGCUAAUAUUGGCAACUUAGCUGGGUUGCAAAGGCUAGUUCUUGCUGAAAACCGGUUCUCAGGCCACAUUCCUCGUAGCUUUGGUGGAUUGAGUAAGCUUUUAAUCUUUGAUCUAAGUAGGAACUUACUAUCUGGGCCUUUGCCACCAACUCUUGGGAGCUUAACUUCACUCUUGAAGCUUGAUUUGAGCAAUAACUUAUUGGAAGGCAGGUUGCCAAGUGAGAUUGGUGGUCUAAAGCUUCUGACUCUUCUGGACUUGAGGAACAACAAAUUUUCUGGUGGGUUGACUGAGUCAUUUGAGGAGUUGUUUUCAUUACAACAGAUGGUCUUAGCUAAUAACCCAAUUGGUGGAGACCUAAUGAGCCUUGAAUGGAAAAAGCUGAAGCAAUUAGAGAUGUUGGAUCUCUCUAACACUGGGUUGACAGGAGAAAUUCCAGAGUCUGUAUCAGAAUUAAACAGGCUAAGGUUUCUGGAUUUAAGUGAUAACAACCUUUCAGGACAUCUCUCACCAAUGCUUGCUGCUCUGCCAUGUGUUGGAGCUCUCUACCUGAAUGGAAACAAUCUGACAGGAGAGCUUAAAUUCUCUGAAUUGUUUUAUGGGAAAAUGGGGAGGCGUUUUGGGGCUUGGGACAACCCAAAUCUUUGCUAUUCCAUUGGGUUGUCACCACCAAUUAGCCAUGUCCCAUUUGGGGUAAAGCCUUGCCAUCAAAGGGUCAAAUUGCUCCAACCAAACUCAAAUGCCCAUUUGGCUGAUGCUAAUGCAAAUUUAGAUCAGAAUUCAUAUGUGAUGAUGGCCUCUGUGGGAUCUCCAGCCAUUGUUGUUAACGGGUUUUGGUGGUUUAUUUUUCUAGAUAUCUUAGUGAUGUUUUCACUUUGACUUUAUUACCACAAUAUCUUGCACAAGUGCCAAAAAGAAAAAAAGAAAAAAGAAAAAGGUUUAGAAUAUUAAACCCUUUAGAAUGUAGCUUGUAUAACUUGGCCUUUCUUCUCUAUUUUCUGGAUCGGAAGGAAGAAGCUUUCUAGCUCUUACAAAUUACAAUUAAUUUUGUACUUUUUUUUU